GCUGCCCGGGCGCAUCGCGGUGCAGGACGACCUGGACAACACCGAGCUGCCCUUCUUCACCCUGGAGAUGUCUGGGACGGCGGCGGACAUCUCGCUGGUGCAUUGGCGGCAGCAGUGGCUUGAGAACGGUACCUUGUACUUCCAUGUCUCCAUGAGCAGCUCGGGGCAGCUGGCCCGGGCCACUGCACCCACACUCCAGGAGCCCUCGGAGAUUGUUGAGGAACAGAUGCACAUUCUCCACGUUUCCGUGAUGGGUGGCCUGAUCGCACUCCUGCUGCUGCUGCUGGUCUUCACUGUGGCACUGUAUGCCCAGCGCCGCUGGCAGAAACGCCGCCGCAUCCCCCAGAAGAGCGCCAGCACAGAGGCCACCCACGAGAUCCACUACAUCCCCUCGGUGCUGCUGGGUCCCCAGGCCCGGGAGAGCUUCCGCUCCUCCCGGCUGCAGGCGCACAAUUCCGUCAUCGGGGUGCCCAUCCGGGAGACCCCCAUCCUAGAUGACUACGACUAUGAAGAGGAGGAGGACCCUCCCCGGCGGGCCAAUCACGUCUCUCGCGAGGAUGAGUUCGGCAGCCAGGUCACGCACACCUUGGACAGCCUAGGCCGGCCAGGCGAAGAGAAAGGGGACUUUGAGAAGAAAGCAGCAGCUGAGGCGACGCAGGAGACAGUGGAAUCCCUGAUGCAGAAGUUCAAGGACAGUUUCCGUGCUAACACGCCCAUCGAGAUUGGUCAGCUGCAGCCUGCACCACGCAGUGCCUCGGCAGGGAAGCGGAAGAGGAGGAGCAAGUCUCGAGGGGGCAUCAGCUUCGGGAGAACCAAGGGGACUUCAGGGUCAGAGGCAGACGACGAGACCCAGCUGACGUUCUACACCGAGCAGUACCGCAGUCGCCGCCGCAGCAAAGGUUUGUUGAAAAGUCCAGUGAACAAGACGGCCCUGACGCUGAUUGCUGUGAGCUCCUGCAUCCUGGCCAUGGUGUGCGGCACACAGAUGUCCUGUCCGCUCACCGUCAAGGUGACUCUGCACGUGCCUGAGCACUUCAUUGCUGAUGGGAGCAGCUUCGUAGUGAGUGAAGGGAGUUACCUGGACAUCUCCGACUGGUUAAAUCCAGCCAAGCUGUCCCUGUAUUACCAGAUCAACGCCACCUCCCCCUGGGUGAGGGACCUGUGUGGACAGAGGACUACAGAUGCCUGUGAACAGCUCUGUGAUCCAGAAACAGGCGAAUGCAGCUGCCAUGAAGGUUACGCCCCUGACCCAGUUCACAGACACCUGUGUGUGCGCAAUGACUGGGGACAGAGUGAAGGACCGUGGCCUUACACGACACUCGAGAGGGGGUACGACCUGGUGACAGGGGAGCAAGCCCCUGAAAAGAUUCUCAGCUUGGGCCAAGGACUGUGGCUUCCUGUCAGCAAAAGCUUUGUGGUUCCGCCUGUGGAGCUGUCCAUCAACCCCCUGGCCAGCUGCAAGACUGACGUGCUCGUCACCGAAGACCCUGCGGAUGUCAGGGAAGAAGCGAUGCUGUCCACAUACUUUGAAACCAUCAACGACCUGCUGUCCUCCUUCGGGCCAGUCCGUGACUGUUCUCGCAACAACGGAGGCUGCACUCGAAACUUCAAGUGUGUAUCUGACCGCCAGGUGGACUCCUCAGGAUGUGUGUGCCCCGACGACCUGCGGCCCAUGAAAGACGGCUCCGGCUGCUACGACCACUCCAAAGGCAUCGACUGCUCAGACGGCUUCAACGGGGGCUGCGAGCAGCUGUGUUUGCAGCAGACCCUGCCUUUGCCCGAUGACGCCACCUCCAGCACCAUCUUCAUGUUCUGCGGUUGUGUGGAGGAGUACAAGCUGGCUCCUGAUGGAAAAUCCUGCCUGAUGCUCUCAGAUGUCUGUGAGGGCCCCAAGUGCCUCAAACCUGACUCCAAAUUCAACGACACCCUCUUUGGUGAGAUGCUACAUGGAUAUAACAACCGGACUCAGCAUGUGAAUCAAGGCCAAGUCUUCCAGAUGACCUUUAGGGAGAACAACUUCAUCAAGGACUUUCCUCAGCUGGCCGACGGGCUGCUGGUGAUCCCGCUGCCUGUGGAAGAGCAGUGCCGGGGGGUCCUCUCCGAGCCCCUCCCGGACCUCCAGCUGCUCACUGGAGACAUCAGGUACGACGAGGCCAUGGGCUACCCCAUGAUGCAGCAGUGGCGGGUCCGCAGCAACCUGUACCGCGUGAAGCUCAGCACCAUCACCCUCUCGGCAGGCUUCACCAACGUCCUAAAGAUCUUGACUAAGGAGAGCAGUCGGGAGGAGUUGCUGUCCUUCAUCCAACACUACGGCUCCCACUACAUCGCUGAGGCCCUCUACGGCUCCGAGCUCACCUGCAUCAUCCACUUCCCCAGCAAGAAGGUCCAGCAGCAGCUGUGGCUCCAGUAUCAGAAAGAGACCACUGAGCUGGGCAGCAAGAAAGAACUCAAGUCCAUGCCCUUCAUCACCUACCUCUCAGGUCUGCUGACAGCCCAGAUGCUGUCAGAUGAUCAGCUCAUCUCAGGUGUGGAGAUCCGCUGUGAGGAGAAGGGCCGCUGUCCCUCUACCUGCCACCUCUGCCGCCGACCAGGCAAGGAGCAGCUGAGUCCAACACCAGUGCUGCUGGAAAUCAACCGGGUGGUUCCCCUUUACACCCUCAUUCAAGACAAUGGAACCAAAGAGGCCUUCAAGAGUGCACUGAUGAGCUCCUACUGGUGCUCAGGGAAAGGGGAUGUUAUUGAUGACUGGUGCAGGUGUGACCUCAGCGCCUUUGAUGCCAGUGGGCUCCCCAACUGCAGCCCCCUACCGCAGCCGGUGCUUCGGCUGUCUCCAACAGUGGAGCCCUCCAGCACCGUGGUUUCCUUGGAGUGGCUGGAUGUUCAGCCAGCUAUCGGGACCAAGGUCUCGGACUAUAUUCUUCAGUACAAGAAAGUAGAUGAAUACACAGAUACGGACCUCUACACAGGAGAAUUCCUGAGUUUUGCUGAUGACUUACUGUCUGGCCUGGGCACAUCAUGUGUCGCAGCUGGUCGAAGCCACGGAGAGGUCCCUGAAGUCAGUAUCUACUCUGUCAUCUUCAAGUGUCUGGAACCCGACGGUCUCUACAAGUUCACUCUGUAUGCCGUGGAUACACGGGGGAGGCACUCAGAGCUCAGCACGGUGACCCUGAGGACAGCCUGUCCACUGGUCGAUGACAACAAGGCAGAAGAGAUAGCUGACAAGAUCUACAAUCUGUACAAUGGGUACACGAGUGGGAAAGAGCAGCAGACGGCCUACAACACGCUGAUGGAGGUCUCAGCCUCCAUGCUCUUCCGAGUCCAGCACCACUACAACUCGCACUACGAGAAGUUUGGUGAUUUUGUCUGGAGGACCGAAGAUGAGCUGGGGCCCAGGAAGGCCCACCUGAUCCUGCGGCGCCUGGAGAGAGUGAGCAGCCACUGUUCCAGCCUCCUGCGGAGCGCCUACAUCCAGAGCCGCGUGGACACCGUGCCCUACCUUUUCUGCCGCAGCGAGGAGGUCCGGCCGGCGGGUAUGGUCUGGUACAGCAUCCUCAAGGACACCAAAAUCACAUGUGAGGAGAAGAUGGUGUCCAUGGCCCGAAACACGUAUGGGGAGUCCAAGGGCCGGUGAAGGGGGUGCCGCCCUCCGUGAGCACAGAGACUCUCCGUGGGAGGGGAGCAGUACUCUCACGGAUUCUGGGGCCUGGGUGGGCUGGGGGACGGCUGCAGAGGGGCCUGGCAGAGGAGGCCUGCCAGCAAGGCCAAAGCAAACUCUUUCUUUUGUGGAUAGCCGACAGAGAACUUUGUAACCACUGGAAUUGUUCAUUUUUCUCUAUCUUUUAUUUUUUCUAAGAUAUUAUUUGGACUAUCAAAGUCUCUCCUUUUUAAAGUUUUUUCUUAUGGAUGGUGGUAAAUCCCAAGGCAAGAGCUUUCAGAUGGAGACCAAGCGGCCUUUCCUGUUCUCCCUUCCUCUUGCCACACUCCCUCCCUUCCUGCCAUGGCGCCCUUGGAGAGACAUUUGGACCUCUUCCGCAUCUGGAAGGAGGCCCAAGGAAUGCUGCAGUGAGGAAGCCUGGGUCUUUGGAACUUCUUUUUUUCCCAGACAUCAUUGAGUUUGCAGGACCUCACCUCUUCCUGCCACCUGUGGGGGUGCCCACAGCCCCCCCAGGAAUGUCCACGCAUUAAAAAUUCCUAUUGUCUCUCUUU